AUGGAAGGCUGUGACUCGCCUGUCAUCCCUGGGAAGGACAAUGGGUGUAGUAUCCCUCAGCACCAGCAAUGGACUGAACUCAACAGCACCCACCUCCCUGACAAACCCAGUAGUAUGGAGCAGUCCACCACAGAAAACCACGGGCCCCUAGACAGCCUGAGGGCCCCCUUCAAUGAGCGCAUCCCGGACAGCACCAACUCGGCCGGCCCCACCGCUGAGCCCGCUGGCAAGGAGGUCAGCUGCAACGAAUGCUCGGCCUCCUUUGCCAGUUUACAGACCUAUAUGGAGCACCACUGCCCCAGCGCCCGCCCCCCUCUGCCCCUGAGGGAGGAGAGUGGGAGCGAAACCAGUGAGGAGGGGGAUGAGGAGAGUGAUGUGGAGAACCUGGCUGGAGAAAUAGUCUACCAGCCGGAUGGCUCGGCGUACAUUGUUGAAAGCGUCAGCCAGUUGAUCCAAAGUGGGGGAGCCUGCAGCAGUGGCAGUGGGGCUCUCCCGUCGCUCUUUCUGAACUCUCUACCCAGUGCUGGGGGUAAACAGGGGGAGCCCUCUUCUGCUGCACCAGUCUACCCACAGAUCAUCAAUACUUUCCACAUAGCCUCAUCCUUCGGGAAAUGGUUUGAGGGCUCAGACCAGUCCUUCCCGAAUACCUCAGCCCUGACGGGCAUCAGCCCCGUCCUGCACAGCUUCCGCGUUUUUGAUGUGCGACACACAAGCAACAAGGAUUACCUGAACAGCGAUGGUUCUGCCAAAAGCUCUUGUGUAUCCAAAGAUGUCCCCAACAAUGUGGACCUGUCCAAGUUUGACGGCUUUGUGCUCUAUGGGAAGAGGAAGCCCAUUCUCAUGUGUUUCUUGUGUAAGCUCUCCUUUGGGUACGUCCGCUCAUUUGUGACCCAUGCGGUGCAUGACCAUCGAAUGACCCUGAGUGAAGAAGAGCGGAAAAUUCUUAGUAAUAAGAACAUUUCCGCUAUCAUCCAAGGAAUAGGCAAAGACAAGGAACCCCUUGUAAGUUUUCUGGAACCAAAAAACAAAAACUUUCAACACCCUUUAGUUUCUGCAGCUAACCUCAUAGGCCCCGGACACAGCUUUUACGGUAAAUUUAGCGGCAUCCGGAUGGAAGGGGAGGAGGCGCUCCAGGGCGCUUCGGCCAGUGCCGCAGAGCAGCCCCAGUCAGGCCUCUUGACGCCUGGGACCCUCUUGAACCUUGGCGGGCUGACCAGCUCGGCUCUGAAGACCCCAAUUACCUCAGUCCCCCUGGGCCCCCUGGCUUCCAGUCCUACCAAAUCCUCAGAGGGCAAGGACCCUGGGGUAGCAGAGGGUGGCAGCGGCAAAAGUGACUUUGCUCUCUCAAACCAAAGCAUUUCUAACUCUCCCUUAAUGCCUAACAUGCUCCAGACGUUGUCGAGGAGCGCAGCUUCUACUAGUUCUAAUUCUCCUUCUUCCUUUGUUGUCUUUGAUGGUGCAAACAGGAGGAAUCGGUUAAGCUUUAACAGUGAGGGCGUCAGGGCCAGUGUGGCAGAGGGCAGCAGGAGGUUGGACUUUAUUGAUGAAAGUGCCAGUAAAGACAAUGCCACAGCACCGGAACCAAAUGAAAGCGCAGAGGGGGAAGAUGGGGGCUACCUCUCCCAUCACCAGCACGCUGGCGCCCUCUGUGAGCUUGGGGUGGGGGAGUGCCCCUCGGGGAGCGGCGUGGAGUGCCCGAAGUGUGACACGGUCCUGGGCUCCUCACGCUCCCUGGGGGGGCACAUGACCAUGAUGCAUUCUCGUAACUCGUGUAAGACGCUCAAGUGUCCCAAGUGCAAUUGGCACUACAAGUACCAGCAGACGCUCGAGGCGCACAUGAAGGAGAAGCAUCCCGAGCCUGGCGGCUCCUGCGUCUACUGCAAGAGUGGGCAGCCUCACCCGCGCUUGGCACGCGGCGAGAGCUACACGUGUGGCUACAAGCCUUUCCGCUGUGAGGUCUGUAACUACUCGACUACUACCAAAGGCAACCUCAGUAUUCAUAUGCAGUCCGACAAGCAUCUGAACAACAUGCAGAACCUGCAGAACGGAGGGGGAGAGCAAGUCUUCAGUCACACGGCUGGCGCGGCGGCCGCAGCGGCGGCAGCGGCGGCCGCGGCUGCCAACAUUGGCGGUACCUGCGGAGCCCCCUCCCCCACCAAACCAAAAACCAAGCCCACCUGGCGGUGUGAGGUGUGCGACUACGAGACCAACGUGGCCAGGAACCUCCGCAUCCACAUGACCAGCGAGAAGCACAUGCACAACAUGAUGCUGCUUCAGCAGAACAUGACCCAGAUGCAGCACAACCGGCACCUGGGCCUGGGGGCUCUGCCCUCCCCGGCCGAGGCGGAGCUCUACCAGUACUACCUGGCCCAGAACAUGUCUCUGCCUAACCUCAAGAUGGACAGCCCCGCCUCCGACGCCCAGUUCAUGAUGAGCGGAUUUCAGCUGGAUCCCACCAGCCCCAUGACGGCAAUGGCGACUCCGGCUCUAGUGGGCGGUGAAAUACCCCUAGACAUGCGGCUGGGGGGCGGGCAGCUGGUGUCUGAGGAACUGAUGAACUUGGGCGAGAGCUUCACGCAGACCAAUGACCCGUCCCUGAAGCUUUUCCAGUGUGCAGUGUGUAACAAAUUCACCACGGACAGCCUGGACCUGCUGGGACUACACAUGAACAUGGAGCGUGGCCUCCCUGAGGAGGAAUGGAAGGCAGUGAUGGGGGACUCCUAUCAGUGCAAGCUUUGCCGCUACAAUACCCAGCUCAAGGCCAAUUUUCAACUCCAUUGCAAGACAGACAAACACGUACAGAAGUACCAGCUGGUGGCCCACAUCAAGGAGGGUGGAAAGGCCAAUGAGUGGAGAUUGAAGUGCGUGGCCAUUGGAAACCCUGUACAUUUGAAGUGCAAUGCCUGUGAUUACUAUACUAAUAGCCUGGAGAAACUACGGCUCCACACGGUCAAUUCGAGGCAUGAAGCGAGCCUGAAGCUGUACAAGCACCUUCAGCAGCACGAGACCGGGGUAGAGGGAGAAAGCUGCUACUAUCACUGUGUGCUGUGCAGCUACUCCACCAAGGCCAAGCUUAACCUCAUACAGCACGUGCGCUCCAUGAAACACCAGCGGAGCGAGAGCUUGCGCAAGCUGCAGAGACUGCAGAAAGGCCUUCCAGAGGAAGAAGAAGACUUGGGGCAGAUUUUCACCAUCCGCAAGUGCCCGGCCACCGAUCCAGAAGAAUCGAUUGAAGAUGCCGAAGGACCCAGUGAAGCAGCUGCUGACCCAGAGGAGCUCACUAAAGAUCCAGAAAUUGGAGGCGAUAAAGACCAGGGCAAGUGGCCAGCAUCGUCCAGCCAAGCAGACAAGGAGCUCCCAGAUUGUCCUGCAGCCUCCAAGCGUACGUCCUUCCCAAGUAGCUCGGAGCCCCCCCUCUCUUCCAAGCGACCCAAAACAUCUGAGGAGGCCAGAUCAGAACAGAUGUUCCAGUGUCCGUACUGUAAGUACAGUAAUGCUGAUGUGAACAGGCUUCGGGUGCACGCCAUGACUCAGCAUUCGGUGCAGCCCAUGCUGCGCUGCCCGCUCUGCCAGGACAUGCUGAAUAACAAGAUUCACCUGCAGCUGCACCUCACCCACCUCCACAGUGUGGCCCCAGACUGUGUCGAAAAGCUCAUCAUGACGGUGACAACCCCCGAAAUGAUGAUGCCCAGCAGCAUGUUUCUGCCAGCCGCUGUUCCGGACCGAGAUGGCAGCUCCAACCCGGAGGAGGCAGGAAAGCAGCCUGAAACCUCAGAGGAUCUGGGGAAGAGCGUCCUGCCAUCGGAGAGCACGGAACACAGCGGAGAGCUGAAACCCUCCCCCGCUGACCCAAGCUCCGCACGUGAGGAAUCAGGCUUCCUCUGCUGGAAGAAGGGAUGCAACCAAGUCUUCAAAACCUCUUCUGCCCUUCAGACGCAUUUCAAUGAGGUCCAUGCAAAGAGGCCACAGCUGCCUGUGUCCGACCGCCACGUGUACAAGUACCGCUGCAGUCAGUGCAGCCUGGCCUUCAAGACUGUGGAGAAGCUCCAGCUCCAUUCACAAUACCACGUCAUCAGGGCCGCCACCAUGUGCUGCCUUUGCCAACGCAGUUUUCGGACUUUCCAGGCAUUGAAAAAGCACCUCGAGACGAGCCACCUGGAGCUGAGUGAGGCAGACAUCCAGCAGCUUUACAGCGGCCUCCUGGUCAACGGCGACCUCCUGGCCAUGGGCGAUCCGUCCUUGGCAGAAGACCACACCAUCAUAGUGGAGGAGGACAAGGAAGAGGAGAGUGACUUGGAGGAUAAGCAGAGCCCCGCUGGCAGCGAUUCUGGGUCGGUCCAAGAGGAUUCAGGCUCAGAACCAAAGAGGGCUCUUCCUUUCAGAAAAGGCCCAAAUUUCACAAUGGAAAAGUUUCUGGAUCCUUCCCGCCCUUACAAAUGUACAGUCUGCAAGGAGUCCUUUACCCAAAAGAACAUUCUGUUGGUUCACUAUAACUCUGUCUCCCACCUGCAUAAGUUAAAAAGAGCCCUCCAGGAGUCCGCAACAGGGCAGCCCGAGCCUACCAGCAGCCCUGACAACAAGCCUUUUAAGUGUAACACCUGCAACGUGGCCUACAGCCAGAGCUCCACCCUGGAGAUCCACAUGAGGUCUGUGCUACAUCAAACCAAGGCUCGGGCAGCAAAGCUGGAGGCCGCAGGGAGCAGCGGAGCUAGCAACGGCACGGGAAACAGCAACAGCAUCCCUCUGGGAGCUUCCACACCCAGUCCAGUCAACACGAGUGGGAGCGCCACCACCUUCCCCACGACCAGCACAGGCAGUGCCAGCACGGCCCCAAGCUCCAGUUUGCUCAGCCAGACAACAAGCGACAGUGUGGGCAUGCCGCCCCUUGGGAAUCCAGUCUCGGCCAACAUCGCCUCCCCUUCUGAGCCCAAGGAAGUCAACCGGAAGAAGCUGGCGGACAUGAUUGCCUCCAGGCAGCAGCAGCAGCAGCAGCAGCAGCAGCAACAGCAGCAGGCACAGACUCUGGCCCAGGCCCAGGCCCAGGUUCAGGCCCACCUGCAGCAAGAGCUGCAGCAGCAGGCAGCCCUCAUCCAGUCCCAGCUGUUUAACCCCGCCCUCCUGCCUCACUUUCCCAUGACCACGGAGACCUUGCUCCAGCUCCAGCAGCAGCAACAUCUCCUCUUCCCGUUCUACAUCCCCAGCGCCGAGUUCCAGCUCAACCCGGAUGUGAGCCUGCCUGUCACAAGCGGGGCGAGCCUGAUGCUGACGGGGACUGGCCCUACCCUGCUGGAAGACUUGAAGGCUCAGGUCCAGAUCCCCCAGCAGAGCCACCAGCAGAUCCUGCAGCAGCAGCAACAGAGCCAGCUCUCCCUAUCCCAGACGCACGCUGCUCUCCUCCCACAGGGCCAGCAUCCAGAAAAGAAGAACAAGACUGUGGUCAAGGAGAAAGACAAAGAGGGUCAGAGGGACAGGGAAAAUGUGGAGAGGGGGGAUGGGAAUGCAGGCUCUAAGGAAUCCCUGCCCGACACCUUGAAGCCCAAGGACAAGAAAGACUUUGCACCAGGAGGUGGCUCGGAACCCUCGAUGCUCCCCCCGCGCAUUGCCUCUGACGCAAGGGGCAAUGCCACCAAGGCCUUGCUGGAGAACUUUGGCUUUGAGCUGGUUAUCCAAUAUAACGAGAAUAAGCAGAAGGUGCAGAAGAAGAGUGGGAAGACCGAGCCCGGUGACAGCUUGGAAAAACUGGAGUGUGACUCGUGUGGCAAGCUGUUCUCCAACAUUUUGAUCCUGAAGAGUCACCAAGAGCACGUUCAUCAAAAUUACUUUCCUUUUAAGCAGCUGGAGAGGUUUGCCAAGCAGUACAGAGAACACUACGAUAAGCUGUAUCCGCUGAGGCCGCAGACUCCGGAGCCGCCUCCGCCACCGCCACCUCCCCCACCACCGCCUCCUCCACUUCCCGCUGCCCCUCCUCAGCCGGCUUCUACUCCUACUCUUCCCACGCCAGCCCCGCCUAUCGCUUCUCCCACGAUCGCACCAGCCCAGCCGUCUGUGCCACUCACACAGCUCUCCAUGCCAAUGGAGCUGCCCAUCUUCUCACCGCUCAUGAUGCAAACCAUGCCACUGCAGACGUUGCCAGCCCAGCUGCCCCCUCAGCUUGGUCCCGUUGACCCUCUGCCCGCCGAUCUGGCCCAGCUUUACCAACAUCAGCUCAAUCCCAGCCUGCUCCAGCAGCAAAAUAAGAGGCCCCGCACCAGAAUCACAGAUGACCAGCUCCGGGUCCUCAGGCAGUAUUUUGACAUCAACAACUCCCCCAGUGAAGAACAGAUCAAAGAGAUGGCAGACAAGUCCGGAUUGCCCCAGAAGGUGAUUAAGCACUGGUUCCGAAACACCUUGUUCAAGGAGCGCCAGCGGAACAAAGACUCUCCCUACAACUUCAGCAAUCCGCCCAUCACGAGCCUGGAAGAACUCAAGAUAGACUCGCGGCCGCCUUCUCCCGAACCCCAGAAACACGAGUACUGGGGUAGCAAAAGGUCCUCCCGGACGCGCUUCACCGACUACCAGCUGCGCGUCCUGCAGGACUUCUUCGAUGCCAAUGCUUACCCAAAGGACGACGAGUUUGAGCAGCUUUCUAACUUGCUCAACCUCCCAACCCGAGUCAUCGUCGUCUGGUUUCAGAACGCCCGACAGAAGGCUAGGAAAAACUACGAAAACCAGGGAGAGGGCAAAGACGGGGAAAGGCGCGAGCUUACCAACGACAGGUAUAUCCGAACGAGCAAUUUAAACUACCAGUGCAAAAAAUGUAACUUAGUCUUUCAACGUAUUUUUGAUCUUAUUAAGCAUCAGAAAAAGCUGUGUUACAAAGACGAGGAUGAGGACGGGCAGGACGAUAGCCAAAAUGAGGACUCCAUGGAUGCCCUGGAGCUGCUGACUCCCACCAGUUCCUCCUGCAGCACCCCGAUGCCCUCCCAGGCCUACAGCGCCCCGGCCUCAACGGCCAACGCAACGUCUUCAACCUUUCUGCAGCUCAACUCGGAGGCUGACGAGUCCUCCACCUUCGGCUCGAAAAUAGAAGCUACAGAUGAGAAACCAAAGCAGCCUGAACCUCCCAGUUCACAGCCAAACCAAACCCAAGAGAAGCAAGUACAACCAAAGCACGAGUCUCAGCAGCAGCCGCCGCAGCAAGACCAGUUGGAACAGAAGACCAGCGCAGCCCAGCAGAAGAACCCUCAGCUGUCCUCUCCUGCCCUGCAGCAGCAGCCUCCCCAGCAGGUUCCUCCCCCUCAGUGCUCCCUACCCCAGUCAAGCCCUAGCCCAUCCUCGCAGCUGUCCCAUCUGUCUCUCAAGCCUCUUCACACAUCCACUCCCCAGCAGCUGGCCAACCUACCUCCUCAGCUUAUCCCCUACCAGUGUGACCAGUGCAAACUGGCAUUCCCCUCCUUUGAACACUGGCAAGAGCAUCAGCAGCUUCACUUUUUAAGUGCACAGAACCAGUUCAUCCACCCCCAGUUUCUGGACAGGACGCUGGACAUGCCUUUCAUGCUGUUUGACCCCAGUAACCCACUUCUUGCAAGUCAGCUGCUCUCUGGAGCCCUGCCCCAGGUUCCGGCGAGCUCGGCCACGUCUCCUUCAACGCCAACCUCCACUAUGAACACUCUGAAGAGGAAGCUGGAGGAAAAGGCCAGUGCUAGCCCUGGGGAAAAUGACAGUGGGACCGGAGGAGAGGAACCUCAAAGAGAUAAGCGCUUAAGGACGACCAUCACCCCAGAACAGCUGGAAAUCCUCUACCAAAAGUACCUGCUGGACUCCAACCCAACCCGGAAGAUGCUAGAUCACAUUGCACAUGAAGUAGGCUUGAAAAAGCGAGUGGUACAAGUUUGGUUUCAGAACACCCGAGCUCGGGAAAGGAAAGGACAAUUUCGGGCUGUUGGCCCUGCCCAGGCCCACAGGCGGUGCCCUUUCUGUAGGGCGCUUUUCAAAGCCAAGACUGCCCUAGAGGCCCACAUCCGGUCCCGUCACUGGCACGAAGCCAAAAGAGCUGGCUACAACUUGACUCUGUCUGCAAUGCUGUUGGAUUGUGAUGGCGGGAUACAGAUGAAAGGAGACAUUUUUGACGGAAGCGGCUUUUCCCACUUGCCACCAAGUGGCAGUGAUGGCCAGGGUGUUCCCCUCUCACCGGUGAGUAAAACCAUGGAGCUGUCCCCCAGAACUCUGCUUAGCCCUUCCUCCAUCAAAGUGGAAGGAAUAGAAGACUUUGAAAGUCCCUCCAUGUCCUCGGUUAACCUAAACUUUGACCAAACCAAGCUGGACAAUGAUGACUGCUCCUCUGUCAACACAGCCAUCACAGAUACCACCACAGGAGAUGAAGGCAAUGCGGACAACGAUAGCGCAACAGGAAUAGCGACGGAAACCAAAUCAUCGUCAGCGCCCAACGAGGGGCUGACCAAAGCUGCCAUGAUGGCAAUGUCUGAAUAUGAAGAUCGGUUGUCUUCUGGUCUGGUCAGCCCAGCUCCUAGCUUUUACAGCAAGGAGUAUGACAACGAAGGUACGGUGGACUACAGUGAGACGUCCAGCCUUGCUGAUCCCUGCUCCCCGAGUCCUGGUGCAAGUGGGUCCGCAGGAAAGUCUGGAGAUAGCGGAGAUCGGCCAGGGCAGAAACGUUUUCGGACUCAAAUGACUAACCUUCAGUUGAAAGUCCUCAAGUCAUGCUUUAAUGACUAUAGGACGCCAACCAUGCUGGAGUGUGAGGUCCUGGGCAAUGACAUUGGACUGCCAAAGAGAGUUGUUCAGGUCUGGUUCCAGAAUGCCAGAGCGAAAGAAAAGAAGUCAAAGCUAAGCAUGGCCAAGCAUUUUGGUAUCAACCAAACGAGUUAUGAGGGACCCAAAACAGAGUGCACUUUGUGUGGCAUCAAGUACAGCGCUCGGCUGUCUGUACGUGACCAUAUCUUUUCUCAACAGCAUAUCUCCAAAGUUAAAGACACCAUCGGAAGCCAGUUGGACAAGGAGAAGGAGUACUUUGACCCAGCUACUGUACGUCAGUUGAUGGCUCAGCAAGAGUUGGAUCGGAUUAAAAAGGCCAAUGAGGUUCUUGGACUGGCAGCUCAGCAACCAGGAAUGUUUGACAACCCUCCUCUUCAAGCUCUUAACCUCCCCACCGCUUAUCCGGCAUUACAGGGCAUUCCCCCAGUGUUGCUCCCUGGCCUCAACAGCCCGUCUUUGCCAAGCUUCACUCCAUCCAACACAGCUUUAACUUCUCCCAAACCGAACCUGAUGGGUCUGCCUGGCACCACGGUCCCUUCACCUGGCCUUCCGACAUCUGGAUUACCAAAUAAACAGUCGUCAGCCUCGCUGAGCUCCCCGACCCCAGCACAAGCCACUAUGGCGAUGACCCCGCAACAACCCCCCCAGCCCCAGCAGCAGCAGCAGCCGCCCCCGGUGCAGCAGCAGCAGCAGCCUCCGCCACCAACACCGGUGCAGCAGCAGCAGCAGCCGCCACCAACACCCGUGCAGCCGCAGCAGCCUCUGCAGCAGCAGCAGCAGCGAAAGGACAAGGAAGUAGAGAAAAUGAAAGAAAAAGAAAAGGCACAUAAAGGGAAAGGGGAGACACUGGUGGGCCCCAAGAAAGACAAAGGAGAGGCCCCUGCAGCCACCCUCUCUGCCCCAUUACCCGCCAUGGAGUACGCGGUGGACCCGACGCAGCUGCAGGCCCUGCAGGCAGCCUUGACCUCGGACCCCACCGCUCUGCUCACCAGCCAGUUCCUUCCUUACUUCGUCCCCGGCUUCUCUCCUUACUAUGCCCCCCAGAUCCCGGGCGCCCUGCAGAGCGGCUACCUGCAGCCCAUGUACGGCAUGGAGGGCCUGUUCCCCUACAGCCCUGCGCUGUCGCAGGCCUUGAUGGGGCUGUCCCCUGGCUCCUUGCUGCAGCAGUAUCAGCAAUACCAGCAGAGCCUGCAGGAGGCGCUACAGCAGCAGCAGCAGCAAAGACAGCUGCAGCAGCAGCAGCCGCCACAGCAGCAGCAGCAGCACCAACCGCAGAAGGUACAGCAGCAGCAGCAGCAGCAGCAGCAGCAAGCGCCCCAGCCUCAGCAGCAGCAGCCCCAGCAGCAGCCGCCCAAAGCAAGCCAAACCCCAGUCCCCCCGGGGGCUGCUUCCCCCGACAAAGACCCUGCCAAAGAAUCCCCCAAACAAGAAGAGCAGAAAAGUGCACCCCGCGAGGUGUCCCCCCUCCUGCCGAAACCCCCAGAAGAGCCAGAAGCAGAAAGCAAAAGUGUGGACUCCCUCUCCGACCCCUUCAUUGUUCCAAAGGUGCAGUACAAGCUGGUCUGCCGCAAGUGCCAGGCGGGCUUCGGCGACGAGGAGGCGGCCACGAGCCACCUGAAGUCCCUCUGCUUCUUGGGCCAGUCGGCGGCGAGCCUGCGGGAGAUGGUGCUCCACGUGCCCACGGGCGGCGGCGGCGGGGGGACCGGCGGGGGGGCCGGCGGCGGGGGCGGGGGCGGCGGGGGCCCCUACCACUGCCUGGCCUGCGAGAGCACCCUCUGCGGGGACGAGGCGCUGAGUCAACAUCUCGAGUCGACCUUGCACAAACACAGAACAAUCACGAGAGCAGCAAGAAACGCCAAAGAGCACCCUAGUUUAUUACCUCACUCUGCCUGCUUCCCCGGUCCUGGCACCGCAUCUACCUCGCAGUCUGCCGCUCACUCAAACGACAGCCCCCCGCCCCCCUCCUCCUCCUCUUCCUCUUCCUCCUCCUCCUCCUCCUCCGCUUCCCCCCAUGCCUCCUCCAGAAAGUCUUGGCCUCCAGGGGUCCCUCGGGCUUCGGUUGGGAAGCCUGCUUCUUUUCCUCCUCUCUCCUCAUCUUCAACGGUUACCUCAAGUUCAUGCAGCACCUCAGGGGUUCAGCCCUCGAUGCCAACAGACGACUAUUCGGAGGAGUCUGACACGGAUCUUAGCCAAAAGUCCGAGGGGCCAGCCAGCCCGGCCGAGGGGCCCCCGGCCCCCAGCUGCCCCCCCCAGGACCCUGGUCUAGCUAGUGUAGGAAUGGACCCCUUCAGAUUGUAAGCUUUGAAGAUGAACAAUUUAAAACACACAAACACA